AUGAAGCAUUUAGUGUAACCUUAUAAAUACCUUAUAAUAUAUCUUAUGUAAGAUUUAGAGCAACAAUCGUAAAGCUAAAUGAAUGGGCUGAUUAUUCAGCAGUUCAUGUGCUUUUAGAUAAUAUAGAAUUUGCUUCUGUUUACACAAUAAGUCAAGUACUUACAGGUAGAGAUGCUGAUAAAUUAUAUUCUGAAUCAAUUUGUACACCUCCAACUGUUGGAUAUUUUAGAUUGGAAGCUAAAUUAAAAUCAAACAUCACCAAUCCUGUAUUAACCUUGUAAGGAUCUAUGGAGUAUAUUUAUAUAUAUAUUGUUAAGUUAGUAUGGCUUAUAAUCAUGGGGCUUUCGAGAUGUUGUUAUGGAUAUUAUGCGAUGUUAAUCAUCAUGUAGUUAGUGUGAUUUUGAUUUAAAAUGCUAUGCUUGUUCAACAGGAUUUCUUUAUAAGAAUAGGUGUGUACCCAGUUGUCCAGUUCACUCUGUUGAAACUACUGGAGUUUGUACAGAUUUUGAUGAGCCAGUAGAUUGUAUACAUUUUAUACUAAUACUAGAUACAAAGUAUUUAAUUAAAGAAUUUUAUGAUUCAUCAAAUACAACAGAUAUUGAUCUGAACAAUAUUGUAGAGUCAAUAUCAACAAUAGAUGAUGAUUUUUCGACAUCAGAUCACUUUUUAAACACAAAUAUUGAUAUUUACUUUAGUUAUUAUAUGGGAAAAAGGGUAUUUGGAGGUCCGUUAGUUUGGCAUGAAGCUACAUUUACUAAAACAUACACAUUAAAUCCACAUUAUAAAUUUAGAUUGAAAUUUACAUUAAUUUUAGGAGAUGAAUUAGAUGGAGAUUUUCAAUACACAAUUGGAGGAUAUUCUGAUACUAUAGAUUAUAGCGAAUGUCCACAUACAGCCUCAAAAAUAGGAAGGGAUAAAUAAGAUAAAUACACUACAAUUGACAGGACAUUAAAUCAUAAUACUGCAAGUUUUUCUGUUUUAAUGAGAUGCCAUUCAGACGAAUCAAUUGAAGAUGGUUUUUGCAUAGUUUUUGAUUAUUUUAUUCUCAUUUAUGAAGUAAAUAAUUAAUACAUAUUAGUGUAUUGAAAGAUGUACUGCUUGCACUGGUCCUACUUGGGCAUAGUGUACUGGAAAACAAGCAUUACCAGUUGGAAUGUCAUCACCAUCAACAUGUGUUGAUAAUACUUAUUAUUUAGAUUAGACAGUUACUCCUGCUGUUUGUCGAACUUGCACUCCAUCUUACUGCUUAGAAUGUAAAAAUUCUUAUAUUUGUACUAAAUGUGCUUCUAACUUUUAUUUAUAAAAUGGAAAUUGUUAAUGUUAUCCAUGGACAUAUUUAACAACUUCUAAUACUUGUGCAAACUGUCAUCCUUUAUGCGGAUCUUGUUAUGGUCCCAAUAGUAAUUAGUGUUUGUCUUGCAAUAAUUAUUAACAUCGAUAUUUGAAUAAUAAUAUUUGUCUUUGUUUAAGUAAUUAUUAUGAUGAUGGUGUUAAUUAUAAAUGUUAAUCAAUUUGUGGUGAUAUGAUAGUAACUGAAGGAGAGGAUUGUGAUGAUGGUAAUACAAUUAGAUUUGAUGGUUGUAAUAAUUGCAAAUUUGAAUGUUAAAAAGAAUGCCAAACUUGUGUUAAUGGAUAAUGUUCAGUAUGUGCUGUAGGUUACACUCUUUAAAAAACUAUGAAAAGAUGUUUUCCUACAUGUGGAAAUAUUUCUAUUGUUAGUUAAGAAUAAUGUGAGGAUAAUAAUUUGACUCCUUAUGAUGGUUGUUAUAACUGUUAAUUUUAAUGUUAACUCUAAUGUACAAAUUGCAUUUAUGGAAAAUGUUACUAAUGUGAUAAUUCAAUUGGUUAUUAUAUUAAUUUAGCCACUUUUAAAUGUGUUACUUUAUGUGGGGAUUUAAUUGUUGCUGGAGGAGAAAUGUGUGAUGAUGGUAAUAAUAUACCUUUUGAUGGAUGUAAUAGUUGUGCUUAUUCUUGCGAUUCCUUUUGUGAUUUAUGCAUCUUAGGUGUUUGUACAAAGUGCAAAUAAGGGUUCUAAUUAUUAAGUAAAAGUGGUUAAUGUGCUCCAAUUUGUGGAGAUAAAAUUGUUACAUACUAUGAAGGAUGUGACGAUGGCAACAUAAUUAAUUAUGAUGGAUGUGAUUAAUGUUCACUCACUUGUUAAGAAUAGUGUACAUCUUGCAUAUUAGGAAAAUGUUAUGAAUGCAAUACAACUGGAUAUUAAUUAAAUCAAAAACUUAAUAAAUGUAUUCCUUUAUGUGGGGAUUAUGUUAUAUCUACAUUAAAUGAAUAAUGUGAUGAUGGCAAUAAUAUAUUUGAAGAUGGAUGUUAUUAAUGUAAAUAUGAAUGUUAAGCUGAAUGUCUAACAUGUGCAGCUGGAAUCUGUUAUAAUUGCAAAUCAAAUUUCUAUCUUAGUUCAGAUAAUAUUUGUCUUCCUAUUUGUGGGGAUGGCAUUAUUACUAAAUUUGAAUCAUGUGAUGAUAAAAACUAUGUUAUUGAGGAUGGAUGUUCUUUAUGCNUGAAGUAAAUAAUUAAUACAUAUUAGUGUAUUGAAAGAUGUACUGCUUGCACUGGUCCUACUUGGGCAUAGUGUACUGGAAAACAAGCAUUACCAGUUGGAAUGUCAUCACCAUCAACAUGUGUUGAUAAUACUUAUUAUUUAGAUUAGACAGUUACUCCUGCUGUUUGUCGAACUUGCACUCCAUCUUACUGCUUAGAAUGUAAAAAUUCUUAUAUUUGUACUAAAUGUGCUUCUAACUUUUAUUUAUAAAAUGGAAAUUGUUAAUGUUAUCCAUGGACAUAUUUAACAACUUCUAAUACUUGUGCAAACUGUCAUCCUUUAUGCGGAUCUUGUUAUGGUCCCAAUAGUAAUUAGUGUUUGUCUUGCAAUAAUUAUUAACAUCGAUAUUUGAAUAAUAAUAUUUGUCUUUGUUUAAGUAAUUAUUAUGAUGAUGGUGUUAAUUAUAAAUGUUAAUCAAUUUGUGGUGAUAUGAUAGUAACUGAAGGAGAGGAUUGUGAUGAUGGUAAUACAAUUAGAUUUGAUGGUUGUAAUAAUUGCAAAUUUGAAUGUUAAAAAGAAUGCCAAACUUGUGUUAAUGGAUAAUGUUCAGUAUGUGCUGUAGGUUACACUCUUUAAAAAACUAUGAAAAGAUGUUUUCCUACAUGUGGAAAUAUUUCUAUUGUUAGUUAAGAAUAAUGUGAGGAUAAUAAUUUGACUCCUUAUGAUGGUUGUUAUAACUGUUAAUUUUAAUGUUAACUCUAAUGUACAAAUUGCAUUUAUGGAAAAUGUUACUAAUGUGAUAAUUCAAUUGGUUAUUAUAUUAAUUUAGCCACUUUUAAAUGUGUUACUUUAUGUGGGGAUUUAAUUGUUGCUGGAGGAGAAAUGUGUGAUGAUGGUAAUAAUAUACCUUUUGAUGGAUGUAAUAGUUGUGCUUAUUCUUGCGAUUCCUUUUGUGAUUUAUGCAUCUUAGGUGUUUGUACAAAGUGCAAAUAAGGGUUCUAAUUAUUAAGUAAAAGUGGUUAAUGUGCUCCAAUUUGUGGAGAUAAAAUUGUUACAUACUAUGAAGGAUGUGACGAUGGCAACAUAAUUAAUUAUGAUGGAUGUGAUUAAUGUUCACUCACUUGUUAAGAAUAGUGUACAUCUUGCAUAUUAGGAAAAUGUUAUGAAUGCAAUACAACUGGAUAUUAAUUAAAUCAAAAACUUAAUAAAUGUAUUCCUUUAUGUGGGGAUUAUGUUAUAUCUACAUUAAAUGAAUAAUGUGAUGAUGGCAAUAAUAUAUUUGAAGAUGGAUGUUAUUAAUGUAAAUAUGAAUGUUAAGCUGAAUGUCUAACAUGUGCAGCUGGAAUCUGUUAUAAUUGCAAAUCAAAUUUCUAUCUUAGUUCAGAUAAUAUUUGUCUUCCUAUUUGUGGGGAUGGCAUUAUUACUAAAUUUGAAUCAUGUGAUGAUAAAAACUAUGUUAUUGAGGAUGGAUGUUCUUUAUGCACUUUCUAAUGUGAAAAAACUUGUACUCAAUGCUAUUUUGGCGUCUGUAAAUCAUGUCAAUCUGGAUAUUAUUUAGAUAAAUCAGUUUAGUAAUGCUUUCCUAUUUGUGGUGACAAAAUUAUAUAAGGAGAUGAGUAAUGUGAUAUUGGUAUUAUUUCUUUUGAUGAUAAUAUUAGAAACAAUACAGGAUGCAUAAAUUGCAAGUUAUAAUGUUCACCCUAAUGUGAAAUUUGCAUAUAAGGCUAAUGUUUAAAAUGUAAGGAAUCUUUGGGAUGGUAUUUAGAUAAUGAAACAUCUUCUUGCUAUAGUUUAUGUGGAGAUUCAAUUAUUAGUGAUUAUGAAGAAUGUGAGGAUUCUAAUUCUUAAUUAAAUGAUGGAUGCAGUCAAUGUAUGUUUAAAUGUUCACAAGAAUGCUCAAUUUGUAUUUUUGGAUUAUGCUAUCAAUGUAAAUCAGGUUAUACAUUAAUUAAUUAAAAAUGUCUACCUGUUUGUGGUGAUGGUAUAAUUGCUGGUAAUGAGGAAUGUGAUACAGGAUUAAUUUAUUUUGAUGGAUAUGAAUGUGUGAAUUGUAAAUUUAAAUGUUCAGAAGGAUGCAAUAAUUGUGUUUAUGGAUAAUGUUUAGAAUGUAAAAAUAAUUAUGGAUGGUAUUUAAAUUUAAAUAAUUAAUGUGAAUCUAAAUGUGGAGAUUUAAUUAUCAAUAAUUAAGAGAAUUGUGAUGAGAAUUCACAAAAUUGUGAAAAUUGUAAUUUUAUUUGUGAUGAUAAUUGUAAUUAAUGUUAAUUUGGAAUUUGUUAAAGUUGUAUUCUAGGUUAUAAAUUACUAUUAAAUAAAUGUAUUAGUAUUUGUGGAGAUUAAAUAUAAACAAAUAAUGAAGAUUGUGAAAAUGAUGAUAUUAUCCCAUUUGAUGGUUGUUACUUAUGUAAAUUUUAAUGUUAAGAUGAAUGUUAAUAAUGUGUAAAUGGAGAAUGUAUAUCAUGUAAUGAAACUUAAGGAUGGUAUUUAUAAAAUAAAAGAUGUGUGUCAAAAUGUGGAGAUGGUAUUAUUGCUGGAUUAGAAGAAUGUGAUAUCAAUUUGAAUUAUGAUAAUGGAGAUAUUUCAUUUAAUUAAUGUUUUAAUUGUAAAUUAUCUUGUGUUUAAAAUUGUUUAAAUUGUGAUAGAGGAAUUUGUACAUUAUGUUAAAAUGGAUAUUUUUUAAAUAAUUUAAAUGAAUGUGAAAAUAUAUGUGGUAAUUUAUCUACUGAAGACUUUGAAGUAUGUGAUGAUGAUAAUCUCAAUGGUUUUGAUGGUUGUUUCUAAUGUUAAUAUGAUUGUUAAUCUAAUUGUUAAGUAUGUGUAAAUGGAUAAUGUAUUUUAUGUGAAGAUGGAUUUCUAUUUGAUUAAGAUACUUAAACAUGUUAAUCUAUAUGUGGAGAUAUGAAAUUAACUUAAUAUGAAGAGUGUGAUGAUGGUAAUGAUAUACCAUAUGAUGGAUGUCAUAAUUGUAAGUAUUCUUGUACUGAAAAUUGUGAUAAUUGUAUAGAAGGUGUUUGUUAAAGUUGUUAAUAAGGUUUCUUACUUGCUUUUCCGAAAUGUAUUCCUGAUUGUAAAGAUAUAAUUUAGAUUAAUAAUUAUGAUUAAUGUAAUUUAAAAGAAUGUUAAAGAGAAUGUAUAAUUUGUAUAAAAGGAGAUUGUUAUUAAUGUUAAAAUGGAUGGUAUUUGAAUUAAGUAGAAUAUAUUUGUGAAAGUAUGUGUGGAGAUUAAAUUAUAGUUGGUUAAGAAUAAUGUGAAAAUUUGUUAAGUUAUACAAGAGAUGAUUCUUAAUGUAAUAAUUAAUGUUAAUUUGAAUGUCCUUAUAAUUGUUAUAGUUGUUCAUUUGGUAUUUGUUAAGAAUGUUAAUAAGGAUAUUAUUUAAUAGAAAAUGAAUGUCAUAAUUAUUGUGGUGAUUAUUAAAUUACAAAAUAAGAGUAAUGUGAUGAUGAUAAUAUAUAACCAUUUGAUGGUUGUUUCUAAUGUCGAUUAGAUUGUGAAGAAUAAUGUUCUAUAUGUAUUGAUGGAAUAUGUGAAAUGUGUUUAAUUGGAUAUGAAAUAAUAGAUGGAAGUUGUUAUUCUAUUUGUGGAGAUGGUAUAAUUACUGUUCAUGAGGAUUGUGAUGAUUAAAAUUCUAUUAAACAUGAUGGAUGCGAUUAAUGUAAAUUUUAAUGUGAUUAAAAUUGUUAUUUUUGUGAAUUUGGUAAAUGUAUAUUUUGUUCAAAUGGAUAUUACUUAUUAAAUGGAGUGUGUAUUCCUGUUUGUGGUGAUGGUAUAAUUGCUGGUAAUGAGGAAUGUGAUACAGGAUUAAUUUAUUUUGAUGGAUAUGAAUGUGUGAAUUGUAAAUUUAAAUGUUCAGAAGGAUGCAAUAAUUGUGUUUAUGGAUAAUGUUUAGAAUGUAAAAAUAAUUAUGGAUGGUAUUUAAAUUUAAAUAAUUAAUGUGAAUCUAAAUGUGGAGAUUUAAUUAUCAAUAAUUAAGAGAAUUGUGAUGAGAAUUCACAAAAUUGUGAAAAUUGUAAUUUUAUUUGUGAUGAUAAUUGUAAUUAAUGUUAAUUUGGAAUUUGUUAAAGUUGUAUUCUAGGUUAUAAAUUACUAUUAAAUAAAUGUAUUAGUAUUUGUGGAGAUUAAAUAUAAACAAAUAAUGAAGAUUGUGAAAAUGAUGAUAUUAUCCCAUUUGAUGGUUGUUACUUAUGUAAAUUUUAAUGUUAAGAUGAAUGUUAAUAAUGUGUAAAUGGAGAAUGUAUAUCAUGUAAUGAAACUUAAGGAUGGUAUUUAUAAAAUAAAAGAUGUGUGUCAAAAUGUGGAGAUGGUAUUAUUGCUGGAUUAGAAGAAUGUGAUAUCAAUUUGAAUUAUGAUAAUGGAGAUAUUUCAUUUAAUUAAUGUUUUAAUUGUAAAUUAUCUUGUGUUUAAAAUUGUUUAAAUUGUGAUAGAGGAAUUUGUACAUUAUGUUAAAAUGGAUAUUUUUUAAAUAAUUUAAAUGAAUGUGAAAAUAUAUGUGGUAAUUUAUCUACUGAAGACUUUGAAGUAUGUGAUGAUGAUAAUCUCAAUGGUUUUGAUGGUUGUUUCUAAUGUUAAUAUGAUUGUUAAUCUAAUUGUUAAGUAUGUGUAAAUGGAUAAUGUAUUUUAUGUGAAGAUGGAUUUCUAUUUGAUUAAGAUACUUAAACAUGUUAAUCUAUAUGUGGAGAUAUGAAAUUAACUUAAUAUGAAGAGUGUGAUGAUGGUAAUGAUAUACCAUAUGAUGGAUGUCAUAAUUGUAAGUAUUCUUGUACUGAAAAUUGUGAUAAUUGUAUAGAAGGUGUUUGUUAAAGUUGUUAAUAAGGUUUCUUACUUGCUUUUCCGAAAUGUAUUCCUGAUUGUAAAGAUAUAAUUUAGAUUAAUAAUUAUGAUUAAUGUAAUUUAAAAGAAUGUUAAAGAGAAUGUAUAAUUUGUAUAAAAGGAGAUUGUUAUUAAUGUUAAAAUGGAUGGUAUUUGAAUUAAGUAGAAUAUAUUUGUGAAAGUAUGUGUGGAGAUUAAAUUAUAGUUGGUUAAGAAUAAUGUGAAAAUUUGUUAAGUUAUACAAGAGAUGAUUCUUAAUGUAAUAAUUAAUGUUAAUUUGAAUGUCCUUAUAAUUGUUAUAGUUGUUCAUUUGGUAUUUGUUAAGAAUGUUAAUAAGGAUAUUAUUUAAUAGAAAAUGAAUGUCAUAAUUAUUGUGGUGAUUAUUAAAUUACAAAAUAAGAGUAAUGUGAUGAUGAUAAUAUAUAACCAUUUGAUGGUUGUUUCUAAUGUCGAUUAGAUUGUGAAGAAUAAUGUUCUAUAUGUAUUGAUGGAAUAUGUGAAAUGUGUUUAAUUGGAUAUGAAAUAAUAGAUGGAAGUUGUUAUUCUAUUUGUGGAGAUGGUAUAAUUACUGUUCAUGAGGAUUGUGAUGAUUAAAAUUCUAUUAAACAUGAUGGAUGUGAUUAAUGUAAAUUUUAAUGUGAUUAAAAUUGUUAUUUUUGUGAAUUUGGUAAAUGUAUAUUUUGUUCCAAUGGCUUUUAAUUAUAAGGUGAAAAAUGUACUCCAGUUUGUGGAGAUGGUUUAGUUGUUGGAAAUGAGAAAUGUGAUGAUGGUAAUAUAAUUGAUGAAGAUGGAUGUUUUGAAUGCCAAUAUUCUUGUUAAUAAUAAUGUUAAACUUGCUUAUAUGGAUCAUGUAUCAUAUGUAAUGAAGAGGAAGGUUGGCAUUUAACUUCACAAGGAGAUUGCUAAACCGUUUGUGGAGAUAAUAAAGCUGCUGGGCUAGAAUAAUGCGAUGAUGGCAAUGAAAUCAAUUAUGAUGGUUGUUAUUUAUGUAAAUAUAUUUGCCAAGAUGCUUGUACAAAAUGUGUAAAUGGUUAAUGUUAUGAAUGUAAUACACCAGGUUGGAGAUUAGAAAAUUAUUUUUGUUGGGAAAUAUGCGGAGAUGCACUGAAAGUUGGUAUUGAAGAAUGUGAUGAUGGUAAUGAUAUCCCUUAUGAUGGAUGUUUUGAGUGUAAGACUUAAUGUGAAGAAGCUUGCAAGAUUUGUGCAGAUGGAUAAUGUUAAGAAUGUAUAUUUGGUUGGCUUUUAAAUGAAAAUCAUAGAUGUGAAACAAUUUGUGGAGAUAAAUAUAUAGUACCUAUUUUUGAAGAUUGUGAUGAUGGCAAUCUCUUACCUUAUGAUGGAUGCUAUGAAUGUAAUUAUUAAUGUGUUUAACAUUGUACUGAUUGUAGAAAGGAUGUAUGCUACGAAUGUAAUACAACUGGAUGGACGUAUGAGAAUAAAACUUAAUAAUGCAUUCCUAUAUGUGGGGAUGGAGAGAUCAAUGGAUAAGAAUAAUGUGAUGAUGGGAAUAAAAUUGAACUCGAUGGUUGUAGUAAUUCUUGUGAAUAUUAAUGUCAUUUUGCUUGUCUUAAUUGUGAUAAAGGUAAAUGUUUAGAAUGUGAUCGAUAUUUGGGAUUUUUUGAAUCGAAUAAUUAAUGUGCAUCAAAAUGUGGAGAUGGUUUAUGGGAAGAAUAUACUGAGUAAUGUGAUGAUGGCAACCUUAUUAAUUAGGAUGGUUGUGAUAAAAACUGUAAGAUUGAAGUGGAUUGGUAUUGUAAAAAUGAACCAUUACAAAUUAGUAUUUGUAUCUUCAAAAGAUAGCCUUGUGUUGAAUUAAAGUUACUAUCAUAAGAAGAGGGAUUAUCUAAAAUAGAAGUGACAUUCUCAACUUUAAUGAUGUCUUAAUAAAACAACAUCAUGAUUGAAAAUGAAAAUAAUCCCACAAUGACUGACAUGUAGCUUUUCUUAGUCAGAGUUGAUGAAUUAAAUGAAUCAGAUUUUGAAUAUGCUAUAGAACCUGUAGUUGCCAUUUAAGAAUUUCCUUAAGAAGUUAAAUAUAUCAUAGAUUUAAAAAUAUUGAAGAAUAUUUCAAUUGAUUAAAUAAAUGUUAUGGUAAUUGUUGAUAAAAAAUUGAUUAUUACUGAAGAUUUUGUCAAUUUAGAAUAAAAUUCAGGUCAAAUUAAAAUAGCAGUACCUUUUAUGGAAAGUGAACUUUCUAAAAAAGUAGUUGAACUGUUUUCGAAUGCAAAUGAAGUAUCUAUGUAUGCUGCUAUGAGUGUUUCUUUAUUAAGUGUAUUUUCUACAGGUUAUUCAAAUCUUUACAUGACACUUGAUACAAUUUAAUAUCUUUAUUACACAAGAUAUAUUAAUCUAGAUUUUCCUUAAAAUUUACAAUAAAAUAUGGACAAUCUAAAGAAGUCUUCCUUGAGUUCAAUCGUUAAUAAUAAACUUUCUGAAACAGGUUUAUCCAAAAAGAUUACUGCUCAAUCUAAAGAAAAUAAUUAAAAAGAUGAAGGAAUGCCAAAUAAAUUUAAAUAAGAUAAUCUGCAGUAUCAAUUUAGUUCAAAUAUAAAAACAACUGCUGUCUCAUUAUCAGCAGGUCUGA